AUGAACGGUGACGAGCUAGAUGAUGCUCCGGUUUUAAUCGACAUGGAAGAAGUCCGCAAUCUUGAGAUGUCAGAGCAAACGCAGCUCGAGGCCAGCGACUCCCAUGAGCCGGGCAGGGAGAUCGAGGCGUCUCUGUUGAGCUUGCUCGAGAGGUGCAGGACGAUCGAAGAACUCGGGAAGCUGUCGAAUGCAGUGCACAGGAUCCACAGCUUCCUGGAUGACGAGCUCGCUUCCAGGAGCUGCCCGGACCUCUCGGCAGACGAGGACAUGGCAAGGAAGCUGCAGUACGAGUUGGAGAACGAGGAUAUCAGGCUGCAGAACGAGAGGCAGCUCGAGAACUCGAGGCUGUUCCAAGACUUCCUGGAGCAGGAGAGGACAUGCCAGGUUUGCGAGACCAGGUGCGAUGCUGCCGAGAUCGGCCGCAGCGUCCAACAGGUUGAUUGCGGUCACCAUGUCUGCGCAAGCUGCUUCAAGCAAUUUGUGGAUCAGCGGGAGCCGAGUCGGCAGACAGACUACGUAUGUCCCAUAGAGGGAUGCGGCGAGCUCCUACAUCAGAUGAAUGUGAAAGGUCUGCUCCCUGCUGAAGACUUCGACAAGUAUGUCUCGCUGCAGAUCUUGGACAUUGACGACGGCUCUGCGACCAUCGCCGGGAAGCUCGUGAAAUGCCCGAUGAACUGCGGUUGGGCUGUUAUCAUGGAGCCCUCGCACCAAGACAGGCAGCUCCCCCCUCACUGGAACAAGAUGAUCGGGAUAGACGGCAAGCCGCUCUCCGAAGAAGCCUUCCGGCACCGCAUGACGUACCGGUUCCGGUGCCGAAAAUGCCCGGACACGGACUUCUGCGCCGAGUGCCUAGCGACGCCCUACCACAACGGGUUCACGUGGUGUGUACUGUGGGGUGUGCGAGGAGGAAGGCGACUGAGGCUUGCGGCUGCAAUCACCAAGUCCGUCAGCCGGGAGAGGAUGAAUGACGUUAGCUACUUGCAGAGGAUUCUAAGGGACAGAUUGUACGACGUCAACCAAUCCUCUCAGACCAUCGCAAGUUUACAGCAUCUUGUCCAAUUGACCGAUCCCCUCUCAAACCUGUGUGAAGCCAAUGAGUGCCAGCAGAAGGCAAGACAAGGCUGCUGCUGCAUCCUCCCUUGCGGGCAUGUCUGUCUGGGACUGCGAGGAGAGCGACAGUGUCUUGGCUGCCUGCAGUGCGAGGAGAUGCAGGGAGCAGAGGAGGUGAAAGUCGCCGCCAGCGAUCUCUGCAGCAUCUGCUGGGUCGAAGAGCUCCGCUGUGCUCCCUGCAUCAGACUCGAGUGCGGACAUGUUUCGAAGAUCAAGAACUUGUGGUCGGGGGUUCGGAUCACCUUUGGAUUCUUGGAAUGCCCCCUGUGCAAGAAGCACAUGAAGGCAAAGGCGAUCGAAGACAUUAUAAAGCCCGGGCUGGAGCUUUACCAGGCCAUCCUCACAAAGGCAGAGCAGCGACUUGCACUCGAAGGAGGGCACAAAGACGCGCCAGAGCUACGAGCAGGAGGGAGGUACCACAAGCAGCCCGGGGAAUAUGCCAUGCACAAGUUUGCCUACUACCUUUGCUAUAAGUGCAAGCAGCCCUACUUCGGAGGGCACAGGAGCUGCGAGGUCGCUGCUGGAGUAGGCGAGGAGCGGCAAUUCGACGAGCGAGAGAAAAUCUGCGGGGGAUGCUCAGCUAUGGGAGCAGCCGCAUGUCCCAAGCAUGGAACCGAAGCGAUCGAGUACAAGUGCAAGUUCUGCUGCUCUGUCGCCUCGUGGUUUUGCUGGGGCACAACACACUUCUGUGACUCUUGUCACCGCAAGCAGGGUACAGCCGAGUCGAUGAGCAGGAAGGCGCAAAAGGAUCUGCCGACGUAA